GACAGAGAGCAAAUUUUCCUUUAAAUUGUUCUUGAGAAUCAGACCCCAGAAAGAUGGGAAUACGGAUCUGAUGGACUAUCUCAAUGUGAAAGAUUCGAAACAUCUCCGAUUGGAGGUACCAGAGGAUUCUGUCACGUAUAAAAAUGGACGCAUCGAAGCAGAUUUUGAAUAUUCUGAGAUCUUCGUACCAUCUACGACCCAAGAACGUGUGUUCGACGUCACAACGAAGAAUCUUCUCGAUGGGUUCCUGAAGGGACAGAGCUGCCUGAUUAUGGCGUAUGGAGUGACAGGAAGUGGCAAAACGUAUACAAUCAUGGGUCCUGAAGGGAACCAAGGCCUGAUUCCCCGCGCCCUGCAUUAUAUUAUAAAUGGAAUGGGAACUUUUGAUUUCAAAUCUCGCUUUGACACGAAUGAAGAGAAAGUGACCUUAGAGAUGAGUUUCCUGGAAGACUAUCAAAACUGCAUCUACGAUCUGCUCUCGCCGACGAUCCGCGUCGGUCAAAGCAAGCCGAUGCUGAAUGCUCGUUCUGAUGCGAACGGGUUCCUUCACAUAAUUAACCUCACCGAAAAACAAAUCUCCUCGCUGAAAGAAGGCAUGGACGUCAUCGCGAUGGGGACCAAAGAGAAGCACGUCGCGGAGACGAAAAUGAACCUGGACUCCUCGCGUUCGCACACCAUGUGCACGUUCAACCUCAUCCGCACCAACAAGCAGUUCAUGCGCGAGAUCAUCGCGACGUGCCGCAUCGUGGACCUCGCCGGCAGCGAGCGUCUGAACCGCACGAACGCGUCGGGCGAGCGAAGCCAGGAGGCCGGGCACAUCAACACCGACUUGAUGUAUCUGAUGCAGUGCCUGCGCUCGCUGGUGGAUUCGCAAAGCAAGCCGAACCAGCGCGUGAUUUUCCGGAACUGCCGACUCACGCAUCUGCUCUCCGUAGGCGAAGAAGGCCGCGGUGAGGCGUAG